CGCAUUUUGUCAGCAGCGACAGUUGCGAGCAGUUGGAAGUGGAAGCACAAGAGAGAGAGAGAAGAAAAAUCCCCGAAUACCUUAAGGAAAAGCAAACUAAGCUCUAAAGUGAAAACAAAAGUGAAAAACUGACUUGGCAAAUUGCCAAAAAUAUAUAUAUAUAUAUGCACAUAUAUGUGUCUAAGUGCGUGUGUGUGUGUGUGUUACUGCAAGUGGAUUUCUAUUUUAGCGCCCAGUGAAGGCAGCGUGUGAAGUGUUGUCGUCGUUGAGGCAAAGCAGCGUAGCACAGUUGUUGCUGCUGUGGCAUUGAGCGACGACAACAACAAAACUUUAAAGUGGUUUAAAGACGGCUCAACAACAAAUAACAAAAACACGAAAACAAAAACAAACAAGAAACUGAAAAGCAACAAGACAAGUCUCUCACACAUUAUCCUUGCCCCAGGCCAGUCACAUAGCUGCAAACCCAGGUUACGAGUGCUCAAUGUCAGCCCGUUGAUUCGUGUGUGUGAGUGUGUGUGUGUGAGUGCUCGAAAACAGUUAAAACAAACAGUUAACCAAUUUGGGUGAGCUUGACCAACAUGUGGAACUGGCAGCGUAUGCGCCAUAAGCCACUCUGGGCUUUAAUAUCCUUGACCGUGCUGCUGCUGAUGCUCGACAGAGUAAGCCAGAGUCAGGCCAACACUGAGCCGCCGGCUGUGGAGACAACCACCGGUACAACAACGGAGCCAGAUGCAUCGCCGGGCUGCCGGGCGCCGGAUGUGCGCUUCACCAUUUUCAAACCGGAAAUGACAACUGAGCAGCCGUAUGCGAAGUUUGAGACAACGCAGGUCUAUCUACCGGAGGACUUUACCACAGCCGAUGUCGAAUUUGUGGAUAAGCUGCAUACGGCCAAAGAGAAUCAUGCGGCCAUUGUGAAUCCGUAUUCGGUGGACUUUGGUGACGAUGAGCAACAUCAGCCGUAUCAUCAUCAACAGCAGCAGCCGCAUCAUUCGCAUCAUGAUGAGCUGCAUGCUGGCGAUGCGGCAGCCAGUCUAGUGGAUGACCACGAUUUGGAGGAUGAAGCGGAUGAGCUGCACGGCACUGAGCUGGAGGAUGGGGCCUACAAGCGAAUGAACACAAAUCGUAAGCAGGGCAAGAAGCGACGCUCCGGUUCCGGUCGUCGUCGUCGCCUGGAGAAUGAGAACGGACAGUCGGCACGUGGGCGGGGCAGUCGUUAUAAGCGCCAUGCCAUCCUGCACGAUGCGGAGGCCUCGCCGGACACAGAUCGCUGGGCGGGCAGCAAAUUGGCCGCCGACGGGGAUGUCUAUUACGUGCACAUUGCGGACAUACUCAAAUCGCGUGAGCCCAAUCUCCAGCUGCGCGCCAAGCUGCGCAAGCUGAAGCAGAAGGCAAGGCUGGCCAAGUGCAUGGCCGAUGGCAGCAGCGAGAAGUGCAUCAAGUUGUUGGAGAGGCUUAAAGCCAAACAGGCAGAGGCAGCCAAACAGCAGGCGGAAGCAGAGAAGCAACAGCAGGAGCAGCACCUGCAGGAGCUGGACCACGAGCAGGAGCAGGAGCAGCAGCAGGAGCUGGAGCUGGAGCCAAAGCAGGAGCACCAUCGCCGACGCGGUGACAGUCACGCUGCAGAGCUCGACCAGCGUGACAUGGAAUCGCGUUGGCGCCGCAGCAUCGAUGCCAAAGGCGAUGCCGGGCAACUGGAGUUGGAUAUGAUGAUAAAUCAUGGCAAUCAGUCGAGCAGUGCAGCAGUGGCCCUGCAACGUGUAAAGCGCAAGUCGGGCAAGACCACGGGUGCACUGAGCCGUCCGAAAGGUGGUGGCGAUUCCAGUUCAAAGACCACCAGUCGCAAGGACAAGGGUAUCUAUGACGAGGAGACCGGCUUUCCGCCCAUGCACCCAGACGAGUCGGAGUUUGACGAGGACGAGGAGGAGGACGAGGAGAUUGAUAUAUUGCAACAGUUUACCGAGGUAUCUGAGAUUCGCUUCCCAGGUGAAAUUGGACCGAUGGGCGAUCGACGUCUAUGCAAGAUACGCUGUGUCAAGGGCAAGUGGGUGGGGCCACUGUGCGCCACCAAUGAGGAGGAUGACAACGGCAACGUGAAGUUUCAGCCACUGUACAAGAGCUGCCAUGUCAAUCGCAUUCCGCCUCAUCUGCUGCUCAGCUAUCGCAACAUCUCCGUGACACCGAUACCACCAAAUCGCGGCUGGCGUAAGACCCGCUUAUCCAAAUCGACACUUGUCUCAAACACAGAAAUUAACGUCGGCUGGGAUCUGCCCCAUGGCCAUUCACUGCAGGCCCGCUGCCAGGAGCUGGGCAUCUAUAAACUGCUGGGUGAAUCCCGUGUGCUCUGCUCGAACGGACUCUGGGCACCACGGAUGCCCAGCUGUGUGCCCACCACCAUCUUGACCAACUACUCGGAGGACAGUGCACCCUCCAUACGCAUCAAAAUCUUCAAUGGAUCGCACUCGUUCGAGCCAUCCGGCGUAAUGGCCGUGCCGCCGCACAGCACCGUCCAAAUGGACUGCAUGUAUCCGCGUGUGCGUGGCACUCCCGAGUGGAGCUGGACCAGCUGGUAUAUGCAGUAUAAUACGGGCUGGUCUCCGGCUGGCGAGGAGAAGGCCGUGCGCUAUCGGCUGAGCAUCAAGAGCAUCGAGAACAAUGAUUCGGGCACAUUUACGUGCACUUCGCCGCGCGGUUUGACGAACAGCAUUGCCGUGGUGGUGGCCACUUCGACGUGCCCGCAGCUGACCGAGCCGAUGGCGCCGCUCAGGCUACGGCUCGAGGGCAAUAAAUUGGGCCAGCGAGCGCACUAUGAGUGCCCCGAGGGCUUUCGGCUGGAUGGCGCCUGGAAUGCCACCUGCCUGGCCUCAGGCAAUUGGUCAUCGCCGUCGCCAACAUGCCAUCCCAUUCAAUGUCCACGUCUCGUGCUCGACGAUCCCCAUCUCAGUCUCAUUGAACUCAAUACAUCGGCAUGGGGGCGGGCGGUGUUCAAAUGCCAAUGGGGCUUCAAGCUGACCGGACCGGCGCUUCUCGACUGUGAGCCGACGGGCGUCUGGAGUGGCCCAGUGCCACGCUGCAAAGUCAUUCAGUGCGUGAUGCCAGUGGCGCCGCUAAAUGGACGAAUUGGGGGCACCAGCUUGAGCCAGAGGCGUUUGACCGUUGGUGCUUUGGUCACAUUCAGCUGCAACGAUGGCCACACUCUGGUCGGCGAGUCGAGCAUCAUAUGCACGGAGAACGGGUUCUGGUCGCACUCGCCACCAUUUUGCAAAUCGCAAUGCCCCUAUCCGGGCGAUCCGCCCAACGGCCUGAUUGCUCCACUCAAGUUCAACUACGAUGCGGGCGAUUAUCUGAGCGUGCAGUGCCGGCCCGGCUUCAUACAGAUACAGACGAACGAGGAUCACACCACGGGGCCGCCCGAGCGGCCAAAAUGUCAGCCCGACGGCAAAUGGUCCGGCCCGUUGCCCAAGUGUCGCAGCUACGAGGAAGUGUAGCUCAAUCGAAUACCAGCUGGACAACGACGCCCCGGCAAUGGGAGCUACAAAUUUUAGUCUGUAGAAUCUGUGGUCGAAACAACUGAAAAGCCAAAUAACAAAAAAUUCAAACCAAAAACCAAAAAAUAAAACCCGAGUGAUAUUUAGAUUAAAGUUAGUGCAAGGUAUCAAAAUUAAUUAACAUAAUUACGAAUCGAUUUUCUUUCUCAUUGGCUCCAAUUGAAUUGAACUUUUUCACUUUGACAUCACUCGCUAUCUGAUAUAUGUUUUAGCUCUGCUAAGGCCCACUUAAGUAAAUUCUCAAUAAAAUUCCACUGAAGAGAAGUUCUUAGAAAUGAUUUUAAUGACAAGCAGAAGACGAAGAAAGAGAAACCUGAGCAACACAACUAUAUGAAAUAUGUAACAUAAAUAUGAACGUUAAAUGUUAAAAAAAAAUAAGAUAUACAAACUUAUCAAUUUCUUUCUUUAUUUGCUAACGAAAACUUUAUAAAUAAUAUUCCAAAAUUUUAUGCUUCAAUUUUACAUUAUCAAAUGAGAAAAAAAAAAAGAAAAAAAAAGAUAAAAUAUCUAUAAUCAACAGUUAAUUAAAAAUAUUCCAGAUUUAACAACGGAAUACAAAGUUAAUCUUCUUAUAAACACAUUGAACUAUAUAUACACAUAGAGCUGAUAUACAUAUAUAUAUAUCUAUAUCUAUAAACCGAUGUAAAGCUCAAUGAUAUAUACAAGUUGAUUGAUGGAUUGAUUGAUUGAUUGGUUAGUUAGCUAGGCGCAAUCACAUGCCCAAUAUUGAAAGCGAAGAAGUAAGCAAAGAUAUAUAUAGUCUAUGUAUGACUAUAUGUAUAUAUAAAGAGAUCUGUAUUGUACGAGUCUGUAAGAAAUUGCAAAGUGAGGAAACUAACUUUUAAAUAAAACUCAUAUGAAUUAUAUAUGUAUAAAGUGCAA